AUGGCUAAUUACUCGGAGGCCCACGUCUGCCAGUGCUUGAGCCGCCUCGCCACCGUCCGCCGCAGCUCCGCCGUGACCGUAUACGGUGGACGCCGGAAAACCGGGCUGCAAUUUGUUGAAGGUGUUACGGGCUUGGCCCGUGGGCUUCUCCAGCUCGGCGUCAAGCCCGGAGACGUCGUCUCCAUCUCUGCACUCAACAGUGACUUGUAUUUGGAAUGGAUGCUUGCUAUUACUUAUGUUGGAGGAAUUGUAGCUCCACUGAACUAUCGAUGGAGUUUGGAAGAGGCUCGUUCGGCAAUGGAGUUAGCAAGACCCGUUUUGUUAGUAACCGAUUCAAGCCGUGGUUAUUGGCAUUCCAAGUUUCAGAUGGGUUCUGUUCCGUUUUUACGAUGGCACGUUUUGAUGGAUACGAAAGUUGAAGCUGAGAGUAACGGGACAAUUUUCGCAUCUGAAUUAGUUAAGGAGAUUGGUGGAGGAUUUGCUGAUGUAGACUAUAGAUGGGCACCUGAAAGAGCCGCGAUUAUAUGCUUCACCUUGGAAUUUGCAAACUGUUUGCAGGUAUAUCUUCACACAGCUCCACUGUGCCACAUUGGCGGAAUAUCAUCAGCAAUGGCCGUUUUAAUGGCCGGGGGUUCUCAUGUUAUAUUACCAAAGUUCGAGGCUAAUUUAGCAAUUGAAGCCAUUAAGAAACACAAUGUGACGUCCUUGAUCACUGUACCGGCAAUGAUGGCCGAUUUAAUCUCUUUUAAUCGAUUAAACAGAACAUCAGUGACUUACGAGUCGGUUAAAAAGAUUCUGAAUGGAGGUGGUGGCCUGUCGACCGAGCUCACUAAAGACGCAAUCAAAAUCUUUCCGAGUGCCACACUUAUGUCAGCUUAUGGGAUGACAGAGGCAUGUUCGUCUCUUACCUUCAUGACUCUUUUCGACCCAACCAAAACGACCCAUCAGAAAUACCACUCGAGUUUCCAAGGAGGCAUUUGUGUAGGACAAUCGGCUCCACAUGUCGAACUAAAAAUAAGCCCGGACGAAAAAUCUUCAAACACCGGGAAAAUACUAACGAGGGGUCCACACGUAAUGCUCGGUUACUGGGGUCAAAGGACAUCCAAAUCCAAUCAUUUGAAACCGGGCCUUGCAGGCUGGCUCGAUACUGGAGACAUAGGGCAGAUAGACGAUCACGGUAAUCUAUGGCUUGCCGGACGAGCAAAGGAUAGAAUCAAGAGUGGCGGGGAAAAUGUUCAUCCUGAAGAGGUUGAGUGUGUCCUAUCCCAACAUCCUGGGAUUUCGAGGAUUGUUGUUAUUGGGAUUCCAGAUGCUCGGUUGACAGAGAUUGUAACCGCAUGUGUUCAACUAAAAAGCGACUGGCAAUGGGUUGAUUUUGGCGCCGGUCGGUCGGCAGGAGUCGAACAAGUCAACAAGCUAUAUGUGAAAGCUGAUAUGGAGAGUGAAGAGGUGAUGGUUUAUUCUGGAACUUCGAAUGGGGGUGGUGUUGUUCUUGCUACUGGAAAUGGGUUUGAGCAAAAGUAUAGUGAAAAUGGGACGGUACAAGUGGGUAUUGAUGAAGAGGAGAGAGGGGAAAAAAUAGCUGAUGUGCUUUUGGAGGGUUUUGAGGAGUACUGGGACGAUAUAAACGAUCGGCUGACGAUCUCACGGAUGGUCAGUGAUUCUGUUAUCAAGGGAAUGGUGAAUGCAGUCGAACAGGAAGCGGCCGAAAGAGUUACUGCAAAAGAACUCGAGGUGGCCUGUUUGAAGGAGUAUUUGCAGUCGCGUGAGGUGGGUUUCGAAAAGAAUGAUGUGAAGUUGCCGUUCGGGGGGGAGUCUUUUGAAACGGGGAAGAAUGGGAGGUUUUGUCUUAUUACCGAUGUUUGCGUGAAGCAUGAAAAGAUGAGGGAGGACUUGUUGGCCUUAAGGAAAUCGACACGCGAACAAAUUGUGAAGGCCAAGAAGGAAGUUGAGUAUGAAAGAGGUAAUUCUAUGAAGAAGGUUGGCUCGGGUUCUGAUUUGGUGGGAUUAGGUGUAGGUUUCCAAGGAAAUAGCUUGAUGCGUGUCGAUAAUAUUCUGGAAAGCCUGUAUGCAACAGUGGAUAGUGUUUAUUUAAAAAUGGAAGGUAUACUACGGUCAUCCGAAGCCUUUCUUUGUGAGUCACAACAGGAUCUAGAUUUGUUAGGGACACUCGAGGAUAUGGUGAUGCGGAGUGUAAUUUCGAGUCUUCAAAAGGAGAGUUUGUUUAGUCCAAAUGCUGCCCAGCUACAUGGGAUUCAGGCUGCGAAUUGGCUCGAGAAGUUCAAUGAUAUAUCCGGGUUAGGCACUCAUUUGCAUGCAAUUCAGAAGUCACUCUCUUCGCACGAAAGUUCUCAUGGCUCCCAAGAUUUGGACCAUUUGCACCACAAGGCAUUUUGUAAUCAUAUUACUCCAUCGACCUCAUUUUGUGAAGAAAAUGGCAUGUUGGAUGAAUCUAUCAUUCAUGUAGCGGAGAGUUAUGACUAUCAGCAGCUGAGGCACAUGACAAAGGAAGAAUUGGUAGAUCAUUUUAGUGGCAUCAUAACUGAGCUGAAGAGAGAUCAUGAGUCAGUUCUAGUGCGAAAGACUGAAAAGUAUUUUAGCCUAAGACGAGAGUACCUGAAACUGAAAGAAAGGGGGUCCCCCGUGACACACAGAAAAGAUGAAGAGUUUGAUGUGCUGAGGAAAAAGAUUCCAGAGGUUAUUGCGAAGUUGGAGAACUUUCUCCUGGAGAAUGAAAGAUAUCCUGCUCUGCUCCAAAAUUUUGAAAACGUGGAGAAAUUGAAGCUCAGGCUGGAUAGCCUUCUCCUCGAAAAUCGUCAGCUAAGGGAAACCUUGAACGAUAAGGAAAGUGAGGUGAAUUGUCUGAAAGCACAGGUUUCAAUUGCCUCUGAGGAAAUAUUGCAACGUUCUUUGGCCGAGGAAAAUAUGCUGGAGCUUGUGGAGAAUCUCAAGUCAGCUGUGGACGAUUCACUUGUAGGGGCUUCACUCACUGAAGAAGUAUAUAAGUCUGUUCUCAGGGAGCAGAUUGCUGCACGGACAAGGUGUGACUCUGAAGAUUCAAGCAUGGAGUUUCUUAUGGCCAAUGAAAUAUGUGAUAUCAUCAUCAGGGAAGCUUGUGGUAACAGAGAUGAUAGUGAAGAUCAAGAUAUUGGAUUGUGGAUAAGGCAAGAAUUGAGUGAGUUUAUAUUCACAGAGGCUGUCAGGGAUGCUGUAAUUCUGAUCAACAACUUGCGUAAGGAAGCUCUCAUUGAUGAACAAGUGAAGAUUCGUUUAGAAGCUGAAGCUCAUGAGAAGGAAAAUGAACUGAGAUUAGAGGUGGAAGAAAAUACGAAACUAAAGCAGGAUAUCCAGGAAUUGACAACAGCACUGCAAGACAAAGUGAAGUUAGCCAUGGAUUUAUCGUUUUCAUUGUCCAAAAACAGGGAGGAGUUUGAGCUGGCUUCUAGAGAGCUUAGUGGUUUAAGAGAGCAUGCAAGUCUUCAGGAGGCAUUGGUUACCGAGAGCAACAGGGAUAUAGAAUUGUUGAAGUCUCAAUGCUUAGAAGCAGUAGAGAAGAUUGAAGAAAAUAAACUGGAAAAGCUGAAGCUUCAGCAAGAGCUGGACCAGACCAAAGAGGUUUUAACAGAAACGAACAAAAUAUUAUCGACUCUAACCCAAGAAGCACACAAUAGGUUACUAUUAGAUGAAUCUAGAGAGGAGAAACUGAAAAGUGAAAUGGAAUUGGCUGUGAGUGGAUUAUUGAACAAGUUUGAAGAUUUCGAAUGGAGAAUAUCAGGGGCAAUCAGUAAGAUAAGUUUAAGGCUUGAAGAUAGUAGCUGUCACUUGGAAGCUCUUAACAAGAUGGCCAACGAUCUCAAAAGAAGCGAGCUAAUAUACAAGCAGAAACUGGAUUUAAAAAGUGCUAAUCUGCAGAAGGCUGAGACUGAGGUUGAUGUUUUAGGAGAUGAGGUUGAUGCGCUAUUGAGAUUGCUUCAUAAAAUAUACAUUGCCCUCGAUCAUUAUUCUCCAGUAUUAAAGCAUUAUCCCGGGAUUAUCGAGAUCCUUGAGCUGGUGAGGAGGGAAUUGAGUGGAGAAUCUACUAUGCUUUUUUGA